AUGGAAGCAGCUAUGACAGAGGCGUCUCAUAUGAACUUGAAAAUUCUGUAUACCUUGGACGAUGGGACGAGCGGUACUUAUUUAGCCCGUUCUAAGAAGCCGCAGCGGGUGAUGGUGGUCAGCAUACCGCAUCCGUCGUCGUGUAACGAAAAUGAUUCGGCAAGCUUCACGGUUGGGGCGGUUGACCUGUCGCCCGUGCUCCAAGAGAUAUAUUUGAACUCGCCAGAGCUUCUGAAUCAUAACGUGGCGAAAAGCGGUCAUGACUAUAACGUGUACUAUAGGGAUAUAUGCGAGGUUGAUGAGCCGUUGGUAAGUCUCGGGCUGCUCUCUCAGAUACGGCUCAAGCUUCGAGAACAGCUGGGAGAAGAAAUGGGCCAAAGCGAGGAGUAUGACGAAGACGAGUCUUUUCUAGUGACGGGAAGAGUUUGUUCCAACUUUGCAGCACUUUUAAAAAGAUCAUACAGCAACAUGGCGGCCAAGAACACGCAGGAUUACGGAUCGUCGAACACACUGGAAGUGAAACUGAGGUUCAUCAGGGUGAUGACUCAGAAAGAGUGCAGGAGGCCGAGUGGCACAGCGUCGCAUACAAAAUCAAACAAUGCCGCUCGUCCAGGCAAGAUACGAGCUGUAAAGAACACCGUGAUAAAACGUCAGAUGAAUCAGACACCUGCUCAGAAAGCUGAGAGGACGCAAUCCUUGCCGAUCUGGAACCCCAAGCAGGCACCCAACACAGCAUUUCCUGCAAACUCGAUCGCCCACAAGAUUUACUUGGCCGAUAGAAAGACAGACGCAAAUCAGCAAAGCAGCCAACAGCCCCUCGCAUAUCAGGUAAACGCUCUGCAGCAAGACAACACUAUACAGAGAUUCAAAGUCGACGAUUCGGUGAGCAAAAGAUUCGAUUUCAUGCUCAACAAGAAGAAAUCGAACGAUCAACCGCAGUCUAGGGCCCAGCAAGCCGCUAGGAAACCACUAGCGGCCAAGGCCCGCAGGUUUAAUACCAUGGCAAGCAUUCCGGUCUCCCCCACUGAGACGAAAGAGUCAACUCCAAAGGAGAACCCCAAGAAACGACAGCGGUCUGGCUCAGUUUGUGACGAGAAUGUUUCCGUGGCGGCUGAUGAGGACGAUUCCAUUAUUAAUGACCUGCUGACCGCUCAGUCCGACGAGAAGGGGAAAGAUUUAACUCCUACUGAAGAAAACAAAGAAAAUCAACCACCACUGCAUAAUGUUAACGAAGGCUUCGACCUCGAUUUGCUGCCCUUCGCCGACAUUAACACAAGAAGCGAUCUAGAAUGGUUCGGUGACUUCAAUCCAUUCAACUCGCCCUCCUUGAAUCUUAACGUGCUGCCCGAGCAGGGGACGAAGCCUUCCGGUACCACGCCAAAAGAUCCAAAUACCUGUAACACCAUUUCGAUAGAAAAUGCAGAUGAUGAAGAGCAAGCUAAACUAACAAGUGAUAUCGAUAGAACAUCUCCCAUAGACACUUUAUCGAUGCCUUUGAUGGAACUGAACGAACGCUCGACAACCCGACUGGUCUCGUGCCACGAACAGCUUCGCAGACUCCCCCUGCUUAGCCAUCAGAUGAAAGCAGAGCCCAACUCCAAGAAUGGUCUGAACAACCAGUUUGCUGAUGCACGCGAUGAAGAGCCACCAAUAGUAAUCCAGCUAUCCUCUUCGUGUCAGGAACUCGGAGCCCCAGGAAACAAGGAUAGUCUAUCUAAAGCGGCCGCCACACCUUCUUCGCCGCCUUCGGUUAAUGAAUUCGAUGGCCGCGACGACUGCGGAGAUGAUGAAGAUGGAAUAAAUGCCAAUGUAAAAAGACAAAGAGUGAUGCCUUCUUCUCCCGCAACAGCGUUCAAUUAUCAAGAUGAACUUCCCAGCACCGACGACGGACACGAUCUUUUCUCAUCAUUCAUACGGUCUCGGCCAAACGUCAACAACGAUGCUGACUCUACGCCUGCAACCCAGUAUGAGAAUUAUUCCAACGAUAAUACAAAGUCCUAG